CUUUUCCCUUGCAUGUCUUCUUCCACAUAAGAUCCAAAUCGCAAGUCCACAACAUCCUUUCUUUUUCUCUCAUAUCCUUCUUUCUUCCAUUCCAUCAUAUCAAAAGAAGCUUGUCAUUCUUCAUCGGAACUUCAGCAGCGAAUACAGAGGAGGACGAGUGCUGUAAUCCAUGGCAUGGGCCAUGGAUGUUGUUGCCGAUCUUAUUUUCUGACAUGGGGCAUGCCGCUCUUCUGUCUUCUGCUUCUCCAUUCGUCUAAUUCUCUUAGCUGCUGGAAAAGCUAGUUGAUGCCGGCGUGGGGCUCCUGCGAUGUCGGUGGAAAUCGGAGGGAUGGAUGUUGUGAAGUCGUCGGAGGUUUUUGGCCAUCUCCCUUUAGGGAUGGACUCGCACCCAGUCUGGUCCCAGUUCCAGUCCCAGACCGGCCAAUCCAUGUUCCCAUUUUCGAAGACCGGAAUCGACCUGGAUUAAUCAGGGCCCGGGCCCAGGCCGGUUAGGGCUGUAUUUAUUUAUUUUUUUAAAAUGCAAUUCUGCACAUUAAAAGAUAAAAUGUAUAUUUAUUUGAAACACUACAAUGACUAUGACACAUUUAUAAAUUACAAUUGAGAGUAUUUUUAACUUUAAAUCUUUACAAAAUAAUAAGGAUGAAUGAAGGUAAGGUUGUUUUGGGUAUAAUAAAUUUGUUGGUGGUACACAAUUGCUAAAUGAAGGUAUACUAUGCUGUUAAAGCAUUGUACUCUGUUUCCUCCGUUUAUACCCUUCUGUUAGUACAAUUUCACGUGUCCCCUUUUUCUGCGUCUCAUUCCUGAGCUUGAAUAGAUUUAGCGUUAGGGUUAACUGGCAUGCCCCAAGCCGCUCGCCACACGCCCAGCUCAGAGGUAGCAUCUGCGCCGGAGUUCCGCAGGCUUCUUUCCCUUCAUCUUCUCCAGCUCGUGUACGUUAUGUCGUUAUUCUUUUGAUUUAGUUUACUCAUGAUCGGCACAAGACGAUAGAGCCACAAAUAGUUGGCACGUUCCUUAAAUGUUACAUAGGAUUAUGUAUUCCACAAUAUCCACGAGGCUCAAAAUGAAUCUGCCCAAAAUAUGAUUCUAUUGUACAGGCUCCCGUAUUUGUUUGUGCAAGUAGUUUGGGUGGCUUGAGUUAUGAAUUCAUUUUGCGAAUAUGUAGUUUCCCCUUUAAUUGUCCAAGGGAUGAGAGUGACUCAGUUUGCGAGACUCGAGAUUCAUUUAGCGAUUCAUUCAAUGACAAAAGUGAGAGUGAGAAGUUGUCUAGAUGGGAUGGAUGCUAGUAUGAACAUGAUGGUCUGCAUUUGAAUGAUAGAUUGGGUUACCUCUACUUUCAAUAUUUUGAACAAUCUGGUCCCUAUGGACGAGUCCCUCUCAUGGAUAAGGUGUGGCUUUUCUCACUUGGCAUUCAUUUUUUUGGGUUUUAUGUCUUCUUUUAUAUUUAUUUCUGCAUUGUAAAUGUUUAGCUUUUAUACCACUUCCGUAAAGGCCAGUUUUAAGGAAUAAUGAGAAAGCUAUUCUAUAUCCGUUUAAUAUCAUAGGAUACAAAUAAAGAUAUGUGAUAUAGUCUUGAUGAUUUUUAAUGGAUUAGCAUACUGAUUUUAAUACUCCGUAUAUUUCUUUUUUAACCAAAUGUUUUACUCCGUAUUAUGCUUUCUUCAAGCUUUUGACAUUGUAUUUCAAUCUUGCUUUUUUCCGUGCAGUGAUGCAAGGAAUUCCACAAUCGAUAAAAUGCCAUCUCUUUUUGUGCUCCAUGGAAUUUCUUUUGAUGUAGUUUCCCUUUUAUAUUUAUGCCAUCUAUGUGUUUGUUUAAAUGUCCAUAUGAAAUCAGGUAGUUUUUACCCUUAAAAGAACAUAUUUAGAAGAGCACACAUUAAAAGAGCCCUCAUGUUAAGAUAACAAAAAUACAGAUGUCAUAUAUAUAUAUAUAUAUAUAUAUAUAUAUAUAUAUAUGUUGGAACUGGUGUGUGCUUUUCUCUAUUGUAAGAUACUCUGCUCUUCUCUUCUUUCGGUCUACUCUUCUGGACAGUAAUGCUCACCGUUCUUAUCUGUUCCUAUGCUUCUCAAACACUCUUCCUAUGUUGCAGCACUCAUCCACAAUGAAAUAUAGUUGGUUUCAUCUUAUAGAAUUUUGUUAGUAAAAAGAAAAAGUUUUUGGAUCCUUAUAUUAUUAGCUUGCGGUACACUUUGUGAGACAAAUGUAGUUGUCACUAAAGUUCCGCGGUCCUUGAACAUUGUAAAGUUCUUUUUCCCUUGAUUUUAUCUUGGUGUGUACGGUUAGAUUUUUACUAUGAAUAAGACUAUAAGAAGACAUUUUGGGGUUAAGAGUAUCUCUAGCAAGUUAUCUGUAAAAGUGGGUUUGCAAGGAGUUGCAACAUCUCUUAUAUCCACAACAUCCACAAUAAUACUUAGCCACCCUUAGAUUUCAUUCAGGAAUCUGCCCUCUUAUUAUUGUUCUCGCUGGCUCAAAAAACAUUACAUUUGCGUAUUAUGGGAUUUCAAUAAUCCACUAUUACACUAUUGUAAUAUAUUAAAAUAAUUAGUUUUAAUCACACCUGGAUCACUACUGGUUUUCAUAUAGGUUCUCACAGUGUGCAAUAUAUUGUUAAGCUCCUUCUUAGUCAUUUGUGGAAGCAAACUUUCAGAAUUAUUUGGCACGGUAAUUUUUACAUGUUGAACAACUUGCUUCUUUUAAAAGUUUGCAUGAGUUAUUUUGUUAUACUGGUUUUUUUAACAUACGGUUGAAGUUAUCCUUUCAUCUUUACCCACUUUGGCUUAAAGACUCAUGUAACUAGAGGGAUAUGGGAGACAUCAGGUAAGGGAAAAGAGUGGAACAGAGUGUUGAAAUCUGUAGACUACUGGGACAAAGAGGGGUCUGAAGUUGGGUUGGUAAAAGUAGAUGGGGGAUGACAAAUCGGGGAUGGCGGGUAUGAUGGGGAACACCAGUAGAGAAAGAGAUCUGGAGCUUCUCAUUCCUGUGGCUUCCUCCGCCGCCGUUGACGACCAUGAAUCCAAGCCUUCGUCCUCCGCCACUUCUGCUCACCACGCCCACACUGGCCGUGAGACAUUCUACAAAGUUGUUAGGAGCUGGGCUUCAAAGAAAUUCAUGACCGGAUGUGUUAUCCUAUUUCCGAUAGCAGUCACCUUUUAUAUAACAUGGUGGUUCAUUCACUUUGUGGACGGAUUUUUCUCUCCUAUAUAUGUGCAGCUUGGCAUCACUAUUUUUGGUCUGGGAUUUGUUACUUCAAUCACUUUCAUUUUUUUGGUUGGAGUGUUCAUGUCAUCCUGGUUGGGGGCAUCUGUUUUAAGUCUUGGAGAAUGGUUCAUCAAAAGAAUGCCAUUUGUUCGUCAUAUCUAUAAUGCAUCAAAGCAAAUUAGUUCUGCCAUAUCUCCAGAUCAGAACACUCAAGCUUUUAAGGAGGUGGCCAUCAUAAGGGAUCCACGUAUCGGUGAAUAUGCAUUUGGGUUCAUUACUUCAUAUGUGGUUCUUCAGAACUAUUCAGAAGAUGAAGAUUUGUGCUGUGUGUAUGUUCCAACAAAUCACCUAUACAUUGGUGAUAUAUUUCUCGUCAAUGCAAAAGAUGUUAUAAGACCAAACUUGUCAGUUCGCGAAGGAAUUGAGAUUGUUGUAUCAUGUGGUAUGUCAAUGCCGCAGAUUCUAUCAACUUUGGAUCCAACGAUUGUUCAAAGUUGAUAGUGUUAAUUCCUGACAGAAACUGAAAUAGAAGACUCAUGUAACUAGAGCUCUUUUAGGAAUAAAAGUAUAUAAAAAAUAAUUAUUCUUUCAUUCUCUGUUAAUUAUCCUAUCUAUAUUUCAUUCCAUAUUUGAAUUAGAACUCAUCUGAAUUAGGAUGCAUAAUGUGAUUUCUCCCG